CCUGCCCUGCUUCGGGGCCCCGGCUUCUCUCAUUGCGCAGCGCGUUUGUCACCUGGUGAACUCCUUCCGCGGGCCGCCCGGGGAAGGCGGCACAUCGCUGGGUGGGCUCCCCGAGGGUGGCGGUGAUGCUGCUUGGCCGCCCGCGGAGGCCCGGGAACCUGUACAAGGGAGCCAGCUGAGCGAAGCCAAACCAAGCGUAGAUUUGGACAUGGCUGGGGAGCCCAGGCCGGGCCCUGGCCAGCCAGGACAGAAGAGGCAGCAGGACACAGCCGGCUUCCGAGGCAGCAGCAACUACCACUUGAACUAUGAGCUGCACGGAGGAGAUGCCCCCUGUAGGGGGUAUGGACACCAGAGGAUCUCCCCACUCAUCAACCAGGUGCCUGGCAAGCUCCAAAGGACUUUCAUGGGCCUGGGGGUCAGAAGGAGCUGCAGCCCCUACAAGGCCUCUAGGAGCAGAUACCUGCACCCCGAGCAGGCCAAGCGUGAGUUCGGCCACAGCUGCAGUGCUGGGGAGAGGCUGGGUGGCUCAAGCGCAGUGACAGCAGGCCUAGGAGCCCUGGGAGCCAUGCUCUUGGCCCUUGUGGCCUCUGCGGGCACCAACCCUGGCCCCUCCCCAGCUGUGAGGACCGAGGAGCUGCGCUCCAUCCGGGGGAAGCUGAGCGAGAUCAAAGCCCAGGUGGACAGGCUGUUGGAGAGUCUGGAGCACAUGGACCAGCGCAGAGCCCAGGCUGCAGGUCAGGCACCAAAGGGACAAAGGACAGUGACAAGAACAGGGUCCCUGGUAGUGAGGGCUGCUCACGCCAAACUACUGAGGCCCAACAGGAGCCCAGGGGCCAGCGGGAAGGAUAGCCACAGAGCAGGCGGUGCAGAACCAAGCAUCUGACCAGGAGGGCGGCCAGUAGCAGGUGGGAACCCUUCUGGGCUCAUCAGCUCCGCGCCUCUUCCUGGUUGGCCCCUGCCUCCUGGUAGAACCCAUGCAACCUGAGUACCCACUCCAGCACCGGGGCAAUGGAAGCAGAGGCAUGGUUCAGCCGCACUAGCCGGAAAGCCUCCCCAUGGUGUUGGGUCUAGCUUUGUUGGCUGUUUCCAGAAUCCUAGGGCUGGCGGGAUGGGGGAGGCUCUGUAUGGCCCAGCAGCAGCUCCCCAUCCUCAUAAAGCCAAGGCAGCCUGAGCACAGGGAGCAUCACCGGCCCUUCCUGAAUGCAGACACUGCCUUAGCUGCUCCCCUCCACGCAUCUCCAGGCACACCAGCUGGCCCAGCUUUCUCUACCCGGUGUUGAAACCUUUGUGAUCCUCCAUUCUAACACUGAGCUGUUUAAGGUCCACAGUGCAUGCCCCCUGCAACUCACUUUGCUUCCAGACUCCAGCCUACACAGCCAUUCUUCAGAACAGCAGUACUAUUCUUUAUGUCCUGUUUUGACCUUGUUUUUCAUUAGUAUGAUACUAUGCAUUCCAGACCUGCUCUAGGAAAAUGUAUUGUGUCAGAAAGGAAAAAAAUACAAUGUGCACUUCU